CACCACGGUCCUCACAAUGACCACCCUCAUGGUCAGUGCCAGGUCGUCUCUUCCGAGAGCGUCUGCCAUCAAAGCCCUGGACGUUUACUUCUGGAUCUGCUACGUGUUCGUGUUCGCCGCCCUGGUGGAGUAUGCCUUUGCUCACUAUAACGCCGACUACAAGUACAUGCGGAAACCGAGAACGAAGAUCAAGGCAAACAAAUCUGGAGCAGAGGUGGGUUUGUUCCUCAUUUCACAGUACAGUGGGUCCAUUCAGCAUUCACAGGGUCAUCGUGAGGACAGCAGAUUGUAAAUUUAGUAUACUACUCUCAGUAUACCCCAGAUCC